AUGGAUUCAGAGCGAGACCUGACGCAGGUGCUGAGCCAGGCCCACGCCGGCGGGGUCCAGAGCACCCUGCUCCUGAACAACGAGGGGUCCCUGCCUGCCUACUCAGGCUAUGGGGACACCGAUGCCAGGGUCGCUGCUGCCAUUGCCAGCAACAUCUGGGUGGCCUAUGACAAGAAUGGGCACCAGGCCUUCAAUGAGGAGAACCUCAAAUUCAUCCUCGUGGACUGCAUGGAGGGCCGAGUGGCCAUCACACGGGUGGCACACCUGCUGCUCUGCAUGGAUGCCAAGCAGACAGUUGGACUUGGGAUGCUGAAGGCCAAGGCACAGGCGCUGGUCCAGGACCUGGAGGAGCCUCUCACACAGGUGGCAGCAUCCUGAGGCACUCAGAGGUGUCACCAUGCAAAGGCUGUUGGCUGCCCCUGGAAUGGGUGGAGGGUGCCCAGCCCUCUGUGGGCAUCCCUGAGCUUGGUCCUGCUUUGUGGUCACCUUUGAAAAUGGGGAGGAGGGGGAGGAGGGGGAGGAGU